AUGGACUCUCCGGGCUACUUCACCAUCUGCAGUGGAACCGCUCCACCGGCCGCGCCGAUCCAGUCGCGUCCUCCCGCGCCCACCGGGUGUUACCCGUUGUCGCCACCAGCACCUCCCCCGCAGCACCCGCAAGAGGGAGGGGGCCGACGCAACCGGCGUGGCGGAGGUCGCCGCCGCCUGCAACAGCAGCAGGCCCAGGACGCCGGGGGGGCACCGCACUAUCAGCCGGCUCUUCCCGCUGGCUACCAUGCGUCCAUCGGCGCGCCCUUGCAGCCGACUGGCGCCGGCUACGGCGCCCUCCUUGCGUCGCCGCCUCUCGGUGGUUAUGGCCCGCCCGUCCCGGCGCCGCCCUACGGGGGCCUUCCGCCGUCGCCGGUACCUGUGUCACGGGACCCCACCCUCCUCGCCGCCCAGCACCCCGCGCCGUCGUCGAGUAGCUCUGUCGGUGGAGGCGACUGGUACAUGGACUCAGGUUCCUCCGGCUUCGGCCCCUUCGGCGCCGGCCCCCGCGCCCCCUUCGUGGAGCGAUGCGCGGCGGCAGCCCCCGGCGCCCACCCCGGCACGACGCCCUCUGUCGCCACCACCUGGCUUCGUGACUCCCUCCCCCGAGGUCGAGUCCGAGCGGGCCCCCGGGUCCCCGUCUCCCUCAUACGAGGUUGA